GCUGCCUUUCCUGCGUUGCCUGCAUGGAGUACGGCUCUCAGACGUGCGACGGCGGAAGCAUACGGUGUCCCGCUGGAAAUUUCUGCGGCACCUCAUUAAUAGAAGUGACCCGUAAAGACGGGCUGAGAUUUUACAGUGUGAGAAGAAACUGCUGUUAUCUAGACAAAUGCCAACAAUCGUUCCACUAUAGCCACACGAAUUACAGGAGCCGGCAGCAAAUCAACUGUUGUACCACGGAUAAUUGUACCCCCCCUGAACCCACGUGGCUGGGGGUUAAGGACGAGAGUGAAACAAACGGGCUGAGCUGCCCAACCUGUGUGUAUCCCAGCUUUGAUUGCCUUGCCAAGGGGGACAUUGAAUGUGUCGGAGAGGAGAACAAAUGCUAUAAUCUAAUCCAGACUUAUGAAGGCAUUGGGGUAACUGCAAUAAGAACAUUCCGGGGCUGCGGCACUGAGUCUCUCUGCAGGUUUGGCGAAUGGACCGAGAAGUACGAAGGGAUCACGCUAAAGAGUUCUAUUAACUGCACUGAUGCAAAUACCGGAAACGCCAAUAUGAGCCCCGGCCUCCUAAAUGUAUUUAUUUAUGUAGCACUUUAUUUUCUUCUACUAAUAAACUCAUUUUAGCACUUUA